UUUUUCCCUGCAUCUGGAGGCAUGGGUAGCAAGAAACUAAGACGAGUGAGUUUAUCACAAGAGCUGUGUGAUCGUCUGAACAGACAUCAGAUUGUUACCUGUCAGGACUUUUUGUGUCUUUCCCCACUGGAGCUUAUGAAGAUGACUGGCCUUAGUUAUCGAGGUGUCCAUGAACUUCUGUGUAUGGUCAGCAGGGCCUGUGCCCCACAGAUGCAAACGGCUUAUGAAAUAAAGACGCAAAGGUCUGCUGCUCUCUUACCAGCAUUCUUGCCUACAACCCUUUCUGCUUUGGAUGAAGUCCUGCAUGGUGGUGUGGCUUGCGGAUCCCUCACAGAGAUUACAGGUCCACCAGGUUGUGGAAAAACUCAGUUUUGUAUAAUGAUGAGUGUUUUGGCCACAUUACCCACCAACAUGGGAGGAUUAGAAGGAGCUGUUGUGUACAUUGACACAGAAUCAGCAUUUAGUGCUGAAAGGCUGGUUGAGAUAGCAGAAUCUCGUUUUCCCAGAUAUUUUAACACUGAAGAAAAAUUACUUUUGACAAGCAGUAAAGUUCAUCUUUAUCGGGAACUCAGCUGUGAUGAAGUUCUACAAAGGAUUGAAUCUUUAGAAGAAGAAAUUAUUUCAAAAGGAGUUAAACUUGUGAUUAUUGACUCUGUUGCUUCUGUGGUGAGGAAGGAGUUUGAUACACAGCUUCAGGGCAACAUGAGAGAAAGGAACAAGUUCUUGGCAAAAGCAGCAGCCUCCUUGAAAUAUUUGGCUGAGGAAUUCUCAAUCCCAGUUAUCUUGACGAAUCAAAUUACAACCCAUCUGAGCAGAGCUCUAGCUUCUCAGGCAGACCUGGUGUCUCCAGCUGAUGAUUUGUCCCUGUCUGAAGGGAUUUCUGGAUCCAGCUGUGUGACAGCUGCACUAGGAAACACCUGGAGCCAUAGUGUAAAUACCCGGCUGAUUUUCCAGCACCUUGGUUCAGAGAGAAGACAGGUUCUCGUUGCCAAAUCCCCUCUGGCUCCCUUUACCUCAUUUGUCUACACCAUCAAGAAGGAGGGCCUGGUUCUUCAAGUGAACAGUGAAAAGACAUCCUUUUCAGAGUAGCAGAGUCCUUCCAGCUCCAAGCUUGAAGUGGGCAGAGGUCUCACCUGGACAGUCACCUCAGCGUGGGACGAGAGAAGCUGCAGGCUCCAAAGGCUACAUGUGUUCAGUUGGCCGUGGCUCCCAGAGGACUUUAUCACUGUGGAAGAGCUAAAGGCGUUGCCUCUUCUGAGGUCCUCAGCAUUCCAGUCAAGUGGACUUACAGCAAGACAGGGAAGGCGGUGUUUAUUUCUCCCCCCAUGUUCAGUUUAGCUUGCACACCCUUUUCGCUGCCGAAAAGCAGAGUAGGUUUGAGCCCGCACCUGACUGGCCUCAGCUGUUGGGUGAGUGACUGCAUAGCUGUUCUGUCUGUGAUGGCAGGCCCCAUCUGCAAGCGGGAACAACAAGCGCUUGUGUCCGCAGCCCUGGGAACUGGAGACCUUUCCACAUCUGUUCGCCUAGUUGGGGGCCAGAGGAAAUCACCAAAACCUUCCAACAUGGGGCCAGAGCAGGGGGACAAAAGGGGAAGCCUUAAGCCGCCGGCGACCCCGGGUCAUAUGACCACCCCAUGGUCCGCCCGCGUCCCCUUUCAUCCCCUCAGGUCCCCAACACUCAGCCUUUUCAUCAUGCUCCAGGUCAGCAGGAUCAGGUUUAUGUGAGUCGACCAGAAAGCUUAUCAAACGAAGGCAGAAGCAGGUGUUUGGAAACCUCCUCCCUGCCGAAAGCUGAGCUGACCAAGGUUGACGGUGUGGCUGCGGCCAACAUCCCCCACUAAUUGUGUUUUCUUUCCUGGACCUCUUUCUCUCUCCCUUUCCUCUCUUUCUGGUGUGGAACCCCUGGAGGACUCUGGGAACCAGUCACCAAAACAAACCAUUCAAAAGCUAAGGAUUUGGCGGCAGGGGUGGGGAUGGGGGUCCAAGGCAUGUAACAUCACUGGCUGAACAGUGGCCCUUUUGCGCCAGAGUGCAGGAACUGCCGUUUGGAGGCAUUCAGGGGCUUCCCCCCAGUGGUGUGCUGGAACCGGUUCCUAGAAGCUUGUAAGGAUUGAUUGCACCCACCUUUUCCCUUGUCAUGUUGGUUGCUGGAAAUGACCAUGGUAGGCACAUUUGCAUCCCAGAAAUCGGCAAGCUACAAACCAGGCUUUCUCCUC